AUGACCCGAUCUAUAAAGAAUAAAGGAAGGCUCUUCUCCUACGCAAGGCUUGUUUUCUCUCUGGACUAUACCUCGACCGACAUUGUCCUGAUUCUCACCGGUCUAUUCUUUUCCAUUGCUUCGGGCCUUCCAUUUCCUCUCCUCGGAAUCGUCUUCGGCGAUUUGAUCAAUGAACUCAAUACGACCACUUGCACAGCUGCCUCCAAUGGGACAUCUGAUGCUACAAGUGCAGUGCGCCAGAAAGUCCUCUAUGUGGUUUAUAUUACAAUUGCCAACUUCUGCUUCCUGUACAUUCACUGCAGCUGUUGGAGCUAUGCAAGCGAGCGUAUUGUCCGUCGCUAUCGCAGACGGUACUUUGAGAGUAUCAUCAAACAAGAAACAGGAUACAUUGAGAGUCUCCCAGCAGGAGAUGUGAUCUCUCGACUGGUCAGUGAUAUUGAAGUCCUCCAAUCCGGAACAUCGGGGAAAGUUGGGAUUGUCAUUUCUACAAUCUCAUACUUUGUAACCUCGUACAUCGUGGCGUUAAUCAAGGUGCCUCAAAUUGCUGGGAUGCUGGUUUCAGUGGUACCUUGUUAUUUCAUCAUGUCGUACGGAGGGGGCUACUACAUCAAGAAAUACGCAGGCCGUAUCAGUGGACAUAUUGAUGCGGCUACUUCUAUUGCCUCGUCAAGCUUGACUCAUUUGACCCUGGUUCAUGCUUUCAAUUCUCAUGAACGCCUCGAGAAGCUCUUCGCUGAUUAUUUAUCUGGAUAUCGCCUCGAUGCAUUGAAAAAAGCUUUAGCACACGCCGUUCAGCUAGGUUUGCUCUAUUUCAUUGCAUAUGGCUCCAAUGCUCUGGCAUUUUGGGAAGGAUCUCGUUUGAUUGCAAAUUCAGUCGACUCAAAUGGCUCAGGUGUAUCUGUGGGCGCAGUGUAUACUGUUAUUUUUGUGCUAAUCGAUGCCUCAUUCAUUCUCAGUCAAGUUGCUCCAUACGUUCACGUAUUUUCAUCUGCAGCUGGAGCAGCGGAGAGACUGAUGGUAGUCAUCAACCGCGAAUCUCAAAUCGAUGGUACCUCAGAGAUAGACGACAAGUACGCGCCAUUUGAUUCAGAGGACAUCAUUUUUCAAGAUGUACAUUUUUCAUAUCCAGCUCGGCCAGACGUACCUGUCUUGCAAGGUGUCAAUUUUACCAUCCCUUCACGAAAGCAUACAGCGAUUGUGGGGCCAUCCGGAGGUGGGAAGUCCACUAUUGUCGCUCUUCUAGAGCGAUUCUACGAUCCAUUAAAGGGAAGCAUCUGCAUAGACAAGCUGAACUUCCGUGAUGUAAAUGUGCAAUUUCUGCGAGGCAACAUAGGAUUUGUGCAGCAGGAACCAUCUUUGCUGGACCGAUCAAUCUUGGAAAACAUUGCAUACGGACUUGUCACCUCUGCAAGCGAAGAGCAUCAACAUCUACGACCAUUUCUUUCUGAUUCAUCAUUAUCUGAUUUGACUACAAGAAUCCGAAGUGGAGUGUUGGAAAAGCACGCUCUAGAACAAUUCGACCCGAGCGUCGAUGAGAUAGUGACACUCGUCAGAGAAGCUGCUGACAGCUCAAAUGCAUUGUAUUUCAUCGAUGCUUUGCCGUUUGGACUGGCUUCUAGUGUGGGACCAUCUGGCAGUCGGCUGAGCGGUGGUCAGAAGCAGCGUAUUGCACUUGCACGAGCCCUAGUUCGAAAACCAUCCCUCCUGAUCCUUGACGAGGCAACAGCGGCUCUAGACUCUACCAGUGAGAAAUUAAUCCAAGAUGCGCUGGCUGACCUCACGGAACGUGUCACAAUAAUAUAUAUUGCCCACCGUUUAGCCACUGCCAAAGACGCCGACAAAACUGUCGUGAUGCAAAUGGGCAAAGUUGCUGAGGAAGGCUCUCAUGUCGAGCUUGUUGCGAGAGGAUGCUCAUACGCUGAGAUGGUGCGACUGCAGGACCUUGGCAGAUAUCAAGAUGAGACUUUGCCCGACUACGCCACUGUUCAAGUUGUCGAGAAAAAGACAGAGAAGGCCAAGAUUAAACCCAAGAAAGACAAACCCCAGGAAAAAUAUUCGAAUUGGCUUACUAUCAAGUUCACCUUGUCUCUUAUCCGGCCCAAUUCGCUUUAUAUCUUCCUCGGCCUCGCGAUGGCAGUUGUCAUUGGGGGUAGCUACACCGCAGAAGCUGUCAUUUUCGGACAGACAGUCGGUGCACUGAGUCCAUGUGCUCGAGCCGAUAGUAUUAGACACAGUGGUCAUCUCUAUGGGCUUCUUUUCUUCGUCAUGGCUAUUGUCGAGCUCUCAGCCAAUAUCAUCGGAGGUUAUGCAUUUGGCUGGGCUGCCGAUAAGAUUCUUUACAGGAUACGAGUUCUGUCCUUGCGAUCUCUUUUAGGCCAAACAGUCCCUUGGCAUGGAAUGAACGACAGAACGCCGGGUACAUUGAUCACUUACAUUACUGGGGACGCAGCCGCUUUGAGCAGUAUCACUGGUACUACUAUUGGCUUGCUCCUAGCUACAGCUGUGAAUUUGAUAGCUGGUCUCGUACUGUCAUUUAUCAUUGCCUGGAAGAUAACCAUCGUCUUGCUCCCAACUAUUCCUGUCCUGUUGGUGGCGGGUAUGAUGAAGCUCCGAACACAGGCCCAAUUUGCAGAGCGACACCAGAAAGCAUUUGCCCAAGCCACAGCUAUAACAAUUGAGGCCAUCGAUAACAUCCGCGCUGUAUCUGCAUUUUCUCUUGAGAAGCAGACAUAUUCCGUUUAUGAACGAGCAUUGAAGGCACCGUAUAAAGAAACACUGAGGUCCAUUGCAUUUGGCAAUAUCUUCCUCGCACUGUCAUUCAGCAUCAGUGCCCUCGUGUACGCCUUAGCCUAUUGGUGGGGCACGCAGCAGAUUGCGGCUGGCCUAUACUCCCAAACCCAGUUCUUCAUUGUACUACCUGCCAUUUUGUUCAGCACCCAAUCAUGUGGACAAAUGUUUGCUCUUGCACCAGACAUCUCCAAAGCUGGAUUGGCGGCCUCUAAUAUUACCAAGCUCCUUACCACCAACUCAGCAGACGAAGAGUUGAAUCCCGGCUUAUCAGGAAAGUUCAGCGACACUGAAAUGCAUCUUCUAGAAGAGAAGCUCGCAGACUCAGAGGCACUUCGUUAUGGCCAGCAAAACAUAGACAUCACCCCAACUCAAACCGGGCCCGGCAUUGGAGCUGAACUACAAAGUGUUCAUUUCGAGUACCCAUCCCGCCCAGGACAGCCAGUGCUGCAAGGCCUCAGUCUUAAGAUUCAACCUGGAAAAUUCUGUGCUCUUGUUGGACCCAGCGGCUCGGGUAAAUCAAUAACAUUCGCCAUGCUAGAGCGAUUUUACCGGCCUGAAUCCGGGGCCAUCAUUAUCGACGGUGUCAAUAUCACACACCAGUAUGGCACUCAAUUUCGUGAUGAAAUCGCUCUUGUUCCACAAGCAAAUGUACUUUUUGAAGGAACUGUGUCUUUCAAUAUUGGCCUUGGAGCCCGUCCGGGUUAUCAACCAACUCAACAAAAAAUCGAAGAGGCAUGUCGCAUGGCUAAUAUCCAUGAUGUGAUCCAGGCUUUACCGGAAGGAUAUCAAACACCGUGCAGUCGUGAUGGAAAGCAGUUUUCUGGUGGCCAGCGACAGCGAUUAUCAAUUGCUCGUGCUUUAAUCCGUCGUCCACGUUUGCUGUUGCUGGAUGAGUCUACCAGUGCAUUGGAUGUUGAGUCGGAAAAGCGGAUCCAGGAGGCUCUUGCUACUCUGGCUGGUCGUACAACUAUUGUGGCCAUUGCACACCGACUUAACAACAUUCAUUGUGCUGACUGUAUCUACCUUAUUGAAGAGGGUCGCUGUGUGGAGCAGGGAACCCAUGAAAAGUUGAUUGAACGCAGUGACACAUACCGGACAAGUGUGAUUCACCAGUCGUUGGAAACAUAA